AUGGGUUCAGAUGGUGAGAAACUCGGCCCCAAUUCUAAUAACGAGCGCGCACCGUCAGGGAGAGUUAUGCCUCCUAACACGUUUGCUGGUAUCGAAGCACUGGUCACCGGUCUAUGCGACGAGUGGCGUAUCCUUCAGAGGAAAAGAGAGUGGUUCGUCGGCGCCGUAUGUUCGCUCUACUACUUUGGCAGUUUCCCAGCAAUCAGCUACGGAGGGCAGUAUGUAAUUCCUUUCCUGGAUGAGUAUGGCGUAUCACUGUCAGUACUGUUCAUCGUUACAUGCGAAAUGGUUGCCGUCUGUUGGUUCUACGGAAUUGACCGAUUCAGCAAUGAUGUCAAAACGAUGCUCGGUUUUUAUCCAGGAAUCUACUGGAGAAUAUGCUGGAUGAUGUGUCCCGUGUUCAUUUCGGUGAGUCAACAUAAAAGUGAUAAGAUUACAUUUCAGGCCAUCUUCGUGAUGACUGUCUGGCAAGCGUCGUUGUCGCCGAUGAAGUUACUUGAUUAUACAUUCCCAAAAUGGUCAGUUGGUUUCGGUUGGUUCCUGAGAAUGCUGUCCGUUACAAGCGUUCCCCUGUUUGCUAUAUACAUGCUUUCAUUUGCCAAAGGAACAUUCAUUGAGGUAAGUUAUAUUUUGGCUAAUCAUUAUUACCUUAACAAAAAGUCAAGUCGAACCCAGGAGCUUAGUGGACUUUCUUUUCAAAGUGGAUUCUGA